AAAACCACAAGAAAUUAGAAUUACACACUGACCAAGACUUGGGGCUUUUUGACACUUCAAUUAGUAUGAACCUCAAAGUGGAAAAAGGACAAAAUCCUGUACAGACUACAGAGAAAUCUAUAUACCAGCGUCUCUUUUCCCUAUGCUCUUUUUAUUUUGUAUUUUCUUCAAUCUCAAUGUACCACAUGGGUAUUAAGUAAAGUUAUAGGGGUGAAAAAUGUAUAUGCAGAUGAAUAUAAACUAAACUUCUGCUGAGGUUUUAGAAGGGUUUUGUAGAGAACCCAAGACAAGAAAUUAGAAAUAUACAUUGAUCAAGAUUUGCAAAUAUCAACCAAAACAUGUCUGAUGAUUUGCCAGAAGAAGUGCUGAUUGAAGUCUUGUUAAGACUACCCACAAAGUCCAUUAUUCAGUGGUAUUCUCUUCUUACUAGCUCUAAUUUCAUUUCCAUUCACCUCAACAACAACCAAGAUGAUUACUUGCUAGUAAGACAUAACUCAGGAGAACCAGAAAAAGAAAUUUAUGCUUUGUUCUGUGAUAAUGAAAAUUUUGAUGAGUAUGUUGAGUUUGAUUUUCCAUUUGAGUGUGGCAGACUUAAUAUUGUGGGUAGUUGUAAUGGGCUCUUGUGUUUUUCAGACGACUAUCGUAUUGGGGGUUUCAGGGACCUUUUCUAUCUUUGGAAUCCAUCCAUUAGAAAGUCUUUUCAACUCCCCCAACCAAUUUUUACACUUGAGACACGUGGUCCCCGUGGGUUUGAUCACACACAUGGGUUUGGAUUUGAUCGUGUUACUAAUGACUAUAAGGUUGUAAGGAUAGUACCCACUAAUGAGGUACCACCUCAUGUUGAGCUUCAUAAGCUAAGCACUGGUGUUUGGCAAGACAUUACUCAUGUUUCUCCCCAUCUGGAGUUUCUUGUACGGAUACCAGGGGUUUAUGUGAAUGGGGCUUGCCAUUGGGUUGCUUCUGGACGUCAAAAUAUGAUUGUUCUGUUUGAUGUGCAUGAGGAGAAGUUCUCGGAUAUAAUGGCACCGGAUAGUUUAGUUAACAAGUCUUUGGGUUCUUUUGGUGGAGGCUGCUUGAUCCUUUUGUUAGGAUUUAAAUUCACUUUGUUUGGUGGAUGUCUCCAUGGAGGUGACGGAAUAAUUGAUAUUUGGUUGAUGAAAGAGUAUGGUGAAGCAGAAUCAUGGAUGAAACAGUUCAGGAUCAAGUUAAGCCACAUUACAUACCCCGUUGAUGUUGUUGAUGUUUUUUUCUCUCCGCUUAGUUUCUUGGAGAGGCCAAUUGCGUCAAGGAAAAAUGGUGAAAUUUUGUGGAGAGCGGACGAAGGACUCUUAGUUUCAUAUGAUCCUGCAACUGAAAAAAUUAAGGAAUCUUGGCAUUCAUAAUGCUCAUACAUUUUUUUCCUAUGCAUUUCAUGUACAUACUUACAAAGUGAGCCUUAUGUUACUUGGUAAGCGGACUGAUUAUUUUGCUGGUUACACUU